GUUCCAGCAGCCCCACACCCCACGCCACCGGACCGGAAACGCGAAGCAGCCCCACACUGCCCACGCGGACACGCUCUGCACCACCACCUGCCGGCCGUUCCCGGCUCGCCGCUGCCGUUGCGCCCUCGCGCUCACACCUCCGCCAGCCCAGGUCCAUCGAGCGGAGAAACCCAUGGCCCCCUCGCCGAUCCUCGUCCGGCCGCCGGCGCUGGCGAAUUCACCCCUUCCGCCUCCCCGAUGCGUGGCCGCGGUAGCAGCGGCGCCGGCGGUUCGGACGGCUCCAGCGGCCCCAUUCUCUAGGCUCCGUACCAAGUGUAGGUUCGCCGCAUCGGAUGUGAGAGAAGACUACUCUUCCACUCCGAUAGAUAUUGUCGCUGAUGUUAAGACGGAGAAGAUUGUGGUGUUAGGAGGAAGUGGAUUCGUUGGUUCUGCGAUUUGCAGAGCUGCUGUAUCCAAAGGCAUUGAGGUUGUGAGCUUCAGCAGGUCAGGAAGACCAUCUUACUCUGAUCCCUGGGUUGAUCAAGUCAAUUGGCUGCCAGGAGAUGUUUUCUAUGCAAGAUGGGAUGAAGUAUUGGUUGGGGCUACUGCUGUUGUGUCUACCCUUGGAGGGUUUGGCAAUGAAGAACAAAUGAAAAGGAUAAAUGGUGAGGCAAAUGUCAUAGCAGUAAAUGCUGCAAAAGAAAAUGGAGUCCCAAAAUUCAUUUUAAUCUCCGUCCAUGACUACAACCUUCCAUCCUUUCUUCUUACAUCGGGUUACUUCACUGGCAAGAGAAAGGCAGAAUCUGAAGUCCUUUCCAAAUACCCAGCCUCGGGUGUCGUGUUGAGGCCAGGCUUCAUUUACGGUAAAAGGAAAGUAAAUGGCUUCGAGGUACCACUCGACGCUGUCGGACAACCAUUGGAGAAGUUGCUCUCCUCUGUCGAAAACUUCACCAAGCCGUUGAGCUCGCUGCCUGCCUCUGACCUAAUCCUUGCACCCCCUGUGAGCGUGGAUGAUGUUGCCUAUGCUGUAAUCAACGGAGUCAUAGACGACAGCUUCUUUGGGGUGUUCACGAUUGAACAGAUCAAGGAAGCCGCGUCCAAGGUACGAGUGUGAACCCGGGGUCUUGUUCCACAAUCUCUGAACGUGUGUUGUAGGUGGAAAGUUCAUAAACUUAGCAGUAACUCAUUGAUCCUUGUGUUCUUUAUUUCUCGCUGAAUUUUGACCAUAGUCAACCGUUCAAAAGUCAGUGCAGCAUUCUUUUUUCUGCUGGAAUCUCUUGAGAAAAUAUAGUUUCCAAACUAGCCCUUAAUGACUUAAAGAGCUAGCAAAAUAUGUAGUACUGUGUGGGUCACCGAACUGUUAUGUUGGUUCAC